GCUCUCAAUGAGAUGGCUUUGUGCAACCCCGGCGUCGUGAUCCUGCCUCUAGAUACGACAGACCCCAGCAGCAUCCAGGCUGCGGUGGGCAGGGUGCAGGAGGAGCUGCGCGGUUCUGGCCUCAACCUCCUGAUCAACAGCGCCGGGGCCAGGCGUCGCAGCACUCUGGCCACUGAGACAGCUGAAAACAUGGCCCUCAUCUACGCCACCAACACCAUCGGGCCCCUGCAGAUCAGCCAGGCGUUCAUGCCUCUGCUGAAGGAAGCUGCAGAGGCACACGGUGGGCAGGGGUUGAGCUGUGGCAGAGCAGCCAUCAUCAACAUCUCCAGCGUCCUGGGCUCCAUCGAGGUGGUGGAGGCGUGGGCUGAGAGGCAGGAUGUGUCCUACCGCUGCAGCAAGGCUGCUCUCAACAUGCUCACCAAGUGCCUGGCUCUGGAGUAUGGUGACAGCGGGAUCCUCUGCGUGUCCGUGGAUCCUGGCUGUGUGGUACCGCCACCAGGAGAUGGGAUGGGACCAGUGACGUUGGAAGAGAGCACCCAAGGCAUCCUGCAAGUCCUCGCCAACCUCUCCACCAACAGCAAUGGCACCUUCUGGGACUGGAAGGGACAGAGGCUGCCAUGGUGACCACAGCAUCCAUGUCCCCAGCU